AUGUCAGCAAUCAAAUUAGUCGUUUUAGGUGGAGGAGCCGUUGGCAAGUCUGCUAUCACCGUCCAGCUUGUAUCAGGACACUUUGUACAAAUAUAUGACCCAACAAUUGAAGACUCAUACAAAACUAGCAUCUCAGUCGAUGGAGAAAUGGUUCCACUUGAUUUACUGGACACUGCAGGACAAGAAGAGUAUUCUGCCCUUCGAGAUCAGUACAUGCGAUCUGGUGAUGGGUAUGUCAUUGUAUACUCUAUCACGUCUACUACUUCAUUCUUAGAAGCUAAUAACUUCAGAGAACAACUGUACAGAGUACUUGAUAAAGAUUUGAAUGAACACGUCCCAAUUGCUUUGUGUGGGAAUAAAUGCGACUUGGAAGCGGAAAGGCAAGUGUCAACUGAAGAAGCUAAGAAGCUUGCAGAUGACUGGAAAAUACUCUUUUAUGAGACUUCAGCAAAAAACAAAAUUAACAUUACAGAGACUUUUCAGGGACUUGUAAGAGACAUUAAAGCCAAUGUCAAAUUACCAGAAGUUCAAACGAAAGAGAGUUACGAGACUAAUAUAAAGAAUAAGAAAAAUAGGUGCAACAUUUUCUAA